CCUCCGCCUAGCCUUUUCCCCUCCCAGCCGCCGGCCCGCCAGGGAUAGCGAGCCGGCCGAGCGGCAUGGAGACACAGGAACUUCGGGGGGCCCUGGCUCUUCUGCUCCUUUGCACUCUGGCAUCUGCCGGUCAGGACCUGCAGGUGAUCGACCUGCUGACUGUGGGCGAGUCCCGGCAGAUGGUCGCUGUGGCGGAGAAGAUCCGGACAGCCCUGCUCACUGCUGGGGACAUCUACCUCCUGUCCACCUUCCGCCUGCCUCCUAAACAGGGCGGUGUCCUCUUUGGCCUCUACUCUCGCCAAGACAACACACGAUGGCUGGAGGCCUCUGUUGUGGGCAAGAUAAACAAAGUGCUGGUGCGGUACCAGCGGGAGGAUGGCAAAGUCCAUGCAGUGAACCUACAGCAAGCAGGCCUGGCCGACGGGCGCACACACACAGCUCUCCUGCGACUCCGAGGCCCAUCCCGCCCCAGCCCUGCUCUGCAGCUCUAUGUGGACUGCAAACUAGGCGAUCAGCAUGCUGGUCUCCCAGCCUUGGCCCCCAUUCCUCCAGCGGAGGUCAAUGGGCUGGAGAUUAGGACUGGACAGAAGGCUUACUUGAGGAUGCAGGGCUUCGUGGAAUCUAUGAAGAUGAUUCUAGGCGGGUCCAUGGCCCGGGUCGGAGCCUUGAGUGAGUGUCCGUUCCAGGGGGACGAGUCCAUCCACAGUGCAGUGGCCAGCGCUCUUCACUCCAUCCUAGGGGAGCAAACCAAGGCGCUGGUCACCCAACUCACCCUCUUCAACCAGAUCCUGGUGGAGCUGCGGGAUGAUAUCCGAGACCAGGUGAAGGAAAUGUCCCUGAUCCGAAACACCAUCAUGGAGUGUCAGGUGUGCGGCUUCCAUGAGCAGCGUUCCCACUGCAGCCCCAAUCCCUGCUUCCGAGGCGUGGACUGCAUGGAAGUGUACGAGUACCCUGGCUACCGCUGCGGGCCCUGCCCCCCUGGCCUGCAGGGCAAUGGCACCCACUGCACUGACAUCAAUGAGUGCGCUCAUGCCGACCCUUGUUUCCCGGGCUCAAGCUGCAUCAAUACCAUGCCUGGUUUCCACUGCGAGGCCUGUCCUCAGGGCUACAAAGGCACACGGGUGUCGGGUGUGGGCAUCGACUAUGCCCGAGCCAGCAAACAGGUCUGCAACGAUGUUGAUGAAUGCAAUGAUGGGAACAAUGGUGGCUGUGACCCAAACUCCAUCUGCACCAAUACAGUGGGCUCUUUCAAGUGUGGUCCCUGUCGCCUGGGCUUCCUGGGCAACCAAAGCCAGGGCUGCUUUCCGGCUCGGACCUGCCACAGCCCAGCCCACAGCCCCUGCCACGUCCAUGCGCACUGCCUCUUUGAACGCAAUGGUGCAGUGUCCUGCUCGUGUAACGUGGGCUGGGCCGGGAACGGGAACGUGUGUGGGCCUGACACUGACAUCGAUGGCUACCCAGAUCAGGCGCUGCCCUGCAUGGACAACAACAAGCACUGCAAGCAGGACAACUGCCUUUUGACACCUAACUCUGGGCAGGAAGAUGCUGAUAAUGAUGGCGUGGGGGACCAGUGCGAUGAUGAUGCUGAUGGGGACGGGAUCAAGAACGUUGAGGACAACUGCCGGCUGUUCCCCAACAAGGACCAGCAAAACUCAGAUACAGAUUCAUUUGGUGACGCCUGUGACAACUGCCCCAACGUCCCCAACAAUGACCAGAAGGACACAGAUGGCAAUGGGGAAGGGGAUGCCUGUGACAACGACGUGGAUGGGGAUGGCAUCCCCAAUGGACUGGACAAUUGCCCGAAAGUCCCCAACCCCCUACAGACAGAUAGGGAUGAGGAUGGUGUGGGAGAUGCUUGUGACAGCUGCCCUGAAAUGAGCAAUCCUACCCAGACAGAUGCAGACAGUGACCUGGUGGGGGAUGUCUGUGACACCAAUGAAGACAGCGAUGGAGAUGGACAUCAGGACACCAAAGACAACUGCCCACAGCUACCCAAUAGUUCCCAGCUGGACUCGGACAAUGACGGGCUUGGAGAUGAGUGUGACGGGGACGAUGACAAUGAUGGUGUCCCAGAUUAUGUGCCUCCUGGUCCUGAUAACUGUCGCCUGGUACCCAACCCCAAUCAGAAGGACUCGGAUGGCAAUGGCAUUGGCGAUGUGUGUGAGGAUGACUUUGACAAUGAUGCGGUGGUCGACCCCCUGGAUGUGUGCCCUGAAAGUGCAGAGGUAACACUCACAGAUUUUCGGGCCUAUCAGACCGUCGUCUUGGACCCUGAAGGGGAUGCUCAGAUUGAUCCAAACUGGGUCGUGCUCAACCAGGGCAUGGAAAUCGUUCAGACCAUGAACAGUGACCCUGGCCUGGCAGUUGGAUAUACCGCCUUCAACGGUGUGGACUUUGAAGGCACCUUCCAUGUGAACACGGUGACCGAUGAUGACUACGCAGGCUUCCUCUUCAGCUACCAGGACAGUGGCCGCUUCUACGUGGUCAUGUGGAAGCAGACGGAGCAGACCUACUGGCAGGCCACACCUUUCCGGGCUGUUGCCCAGCCUGGGCUGCAGCUCAAGGCAGUGACAUCAGUGUCUGGCCCAGGUGAGCACCUCCGGAAUGCCUUGUGGCAUACUGGCCACACCCCUGAUCAGGUACGACUGCUGUGGACUGACCCACGAAAUGUGGGCUGGCGCGACAAGACCUCCUACCGCUGGCAGCUGCUGCACCGGCCUCAAGUUGGCUACAUUCGAGUGAAGCUCUAUGAGGGUCCCCAGCUAGUGGCGGAUUCUGGGGUGAUCAUUGACACAUCCAUGCGAGGGGGGCGUCUUGGUGUAUUCUGCUUCUCCCAAGAAAACAUCAUUUGGUCCAAUCUCCAGUACCGAUGCAAUGACACAGUUCCCGAGGACUUUGAGCCAUUCCGGAGGCAGCUGCUCCUUGGAAGAGUGUGAAGAGGAAUUGUGUCCCUAACGCGGAUGUAGCUGCUUCCGUUGGCCGAGACCGCAACCCAGCACCUCCGGCGGAGGCCAGACACCCUAAAUUCCGUGCGCCGCUGUGAACACCUCUCUGGUCCCAGAUAUUUCUGUCCUUUAAUCUAUCUCGGUUCUCCAAAGUGGCGCGACCUCAUACACUUUUACCAUGUGCUUACCUGCUCCAAAUACCACUCUGCUCCCCCAAAAGAUAGCCCACGGUCCCCCCAAUACCAUUCUGUGUCCUACCUAUUAUCUGACUCCUAAAUACAUAACCUGUCGCACCGCCCCCCACUUUUCCGAUGUACUUUCUUACGUGCCUCGCCCACUUUUCCGUGUAUCUCAGGAUCACACCCACUUAGCGCCAUUUCCCGCAGACAUCGCCCCACGCGCCCGAGUCCCCUCCUACGGUCCCCAGCCGCUCCGUCGAUGGCGCAUCGCAUUCCUCCCCUUCUCUGUCCCAGCCUCUGGCUCUCGUCCCCGGGGC